CGAGGCGAUUCCGAAGAAACAGUUGCCUGUGCCUAUCGGCGCGUAUCGCGUAUCUGACAAUCGUCUGAUUCGUCGUCGUUCUCUGACAAUCUCUCGACGCGAUGCUUUCUUACGUUUUGCGACUUGGCGCGUAUUUUUGAAUUAAAUUGCAUUUUGUUCAUUUAGAAUCAUGGCUGGAAUAAACAGUGUUCUUGUGACGUUAAUUGUGCUUAAUUUAACUUUUGCAAAUAAGAUUCCUCCAGUCUCCCCUGUGAAGAAAAUUGCUAUAGCAAAAUGUUGUGCAAUGGACGAGCGGUUAACUUCAGACUACAAAUGCCUAAAUUCAUAUAAUUCUUCCUGGGAGUUAACGGUAUAUCUUAAUGGAACUACUACGAGAUUUAUAGGGAACUUACCUCCACGGUGGGAGAUAAAAAGUAGCAUUAAGCCCCGGUGUAGCGGAGAACCUGCAAUAGAACCACUUAAAGCUCGUACUGCAAUGCCACUGGCUAAUGGUCAUUUAUUUAGUAUUACUUACGAAAAGUAUCUAAAUCCUAAUCAAUACUGCCUAGAUUAUGAAUUUGUAAUGUACUGUCGACCUAUCUAUAAAUCCCAAAACAUGUCCUCAGUACAGAUAAAAAAGUGUUGCGGAAAAGGUGGAAUAUAUGCAGAUCUUAAUUCAACCUGCAUUAGAUUUAAGGAUAGUUAUAACAUUGAUGUCGGUCAGGACAAAACUUUGAUCGCAGGAUUUCCAGAUUGCGAAAAAGGAGAUGAUCUUGCAGUAGCCGGAAAACUGCAAGAAGGACAAGUUUUGGAAAAUGGUACUCUAAUAAUAAAUACGACCAACGCAAUUAUGCCUAGCUUUUUGCCAAGUACAAAUUAUUGUUUGGAGCAUAUUUUUGAGCAAGCAGGUGGAUCCGCCAGCAUAUUCACUUGCAAAAGCUACUUACCAGUACCAGUACAAGCAGAACAGUCGCUAAGAUUGACGAUAUACCCUAUAGGAUUGGCAAUUAGCGCAAUUUUUUUAGCAGCUACACUAGCAGCUGGUUCUUUGCUACCCACAACUCACCACGUUCUUCAUUGGAAAUGUCAGACCAAUCACGUCGCCUGUUUAUUACUCGGAGAUGUAUUGCUUUGCAUUUCCCAAAUUGCCGGCGCACGAUUUGCUUACCCUUAUUGUUUUACACUUGCUGUAGCAAUGCAUUUCCUGUUUCUGUCGGCGUUCUUCUGGUUAAAUACCAUGUGCUUCAACAUCUGGUGGACUUUUAGAGAUUUAAGACCCCAAAAUACAGAAAAAUACCAAGAACGCAUACGACUUUAUUUUUAUGAAGCAUACGCAUGGGGAGGACCCUUUAUUUUUGCGUUUGUCGGAGCUGUAUCUGAUUUGUCAGGUACAUGUAGUAUGAUCAGACCAGGAUUUGCUGAGAAACAAUGCUGGUUUGCUGGCGACACUGAAAUAAUGACCUACUUUUUUAUUCCAAUGGGUAUCCUCCUUAGUAUUAACCUAAUACUAUUCGCACUGACCGCCCAAGAACUGACUUGUGGAUUAUGGAAGAGGGAAUUAGUAAAAUCUACUACUGAAAGGGCUGCUCUAGGAAGGGUAUGCGCUAAACUGGUGGUGGUUAUGGGAGUCACUUGGAUUAUGGACGUGAUCUCCUGGUUUGCAGGUGGACCAGAAUAUGCCUGGUAUUUUACCGACCUUAUUAAUUGCCUACAGGGUGUUUUUAUAUUCAUUGUUGUGGGUUGUCAACCACAGGUACUUUCAGCAGUAAAACGAUCUUGGUGUUUUUUACGAAAUCGGGAUAUUGGUGGUAUGGGUACCACAAAUCAGGAUCACCAUUCGUCUAGCUCCCAUGGACUACCAUCAGUAGGAGGGGAUACUUUGACUAAUACCAGCACUGUUACUAAUACCACUAAAUCCACACCUCUGGAAACAAAUUGUUAGAUUUACUGUGAUAUAAGUGACAGACUGCUGUGACGAAAAAUAAUUCAAGACCAGUAGGUUAAGUGAUAAGUAAUUUAUUCAUUUUACCGUGAAUGAACUAAUUGUAAUGUUUAUAAUGAAAUAAAUUUAUUUUUUGCUACAUUAAAAUAUAAACAAAAGAAUGCCAAACCAAUCUAAUAGCGUUUAAAAUGAUUUUUUAUAUUAUGACUAUAAUAUAUAUGGUAUUUAGUAAAGGGUGGCGAUGUUCCAUAUCUCAAGAAUGAAUAAUCCAAAAAAUUGAAAACGACGUCGAGUAAUAAGUGUGGAAUAUAAUAACUAAAAGAAAUUACUGGAAAUAAAUGUUAACAAAAUGCCUUUUGUUAACAUGCCCAUCAAAGUUUUUAAAAAAAUACUGUCAAAUUAGGGCAGGAGGGAGAUUGAUAAAAAUAUUUAUAAUUUUGGCUUAGCUCAACUAAAUUUGAUAAACUUGAUUUAGUUAUUAAACCUGAUAAAAAAGGAAUGGUAGUUAAAAAGACAUAAUAACGUCAUAUUUAUUUCCUGGAUCAUAGGCUUUAUUUAAAAAACUUGUUUUUUUUUUUAAUUCAUAAAAAUAUAAUUAUUUUAAGUGGAAUGAGUUUGCAAUAAAAAAACUAAAAUAUUCAGUUUCAACUUCAUAACUUUAAAGUUACAGCGAAAAUAAUAAUUAUUAACUAAUAAAAGAAUCAAUUAUUUUUUAAGUUCAAUGAUUAAGCAGUAGCUAGCUUUUUAUAAGUGUUUUUUCCUUUUUAUUAUUUUUUUUUAAAUUUAAACGUGCUUUAUAUCGUUAGGACCAGUACUGUGCCUAAAUAGUUCAGAGGAUCAUUAUUCUUUAUUAACCAACCUUUUCUUUUAAUUACCAAACUUAAACAAAAUUAUUUUCUACCAGUUUUAUCAAAUUCUAUUGAGCUAAAUCACAAUUAUAAAUAUUUUAAAAUUCUUUACCUCCAAACUAUCCUAAUUUGACAGUUUAUAACAAAACAUAUUAAACCAAAACGAUAUAGAAUUAUAAUGAAAUUAUCGAAUGAACAUAAUAUGUAUUUGUUUGAUUUUUUUAUUUGAACAUUUUUUGAAAUGUUUUCUAAAGGUAUUUUUUAACCACUGCUAUUAGGCUUCCGAUCAGCAAAGGUUAGAAGUUAGAACUUUUAGAAGUAUUUCUAGCGAUUUCUUUUAGCCAAAAAGACUAUAGACCGAAUGUAACUUCAAUGUCGAGUGAUAUCAUUGGCAUCAUCUUUUCAUCAGCACGGAAUUUGGGUGGUAGGGGCGGUUUGAAAGAUCGAUCUCUUGCGCCGUGUACUUCGACGCCAAACGUCCCAUCUUGACGAUGAAUUUGGCAUCGUUCAGUCAUAAAGUUACCUGUCCUGUCUAUAGUCUUCUUGCUUUUAGCCCCUUUAUCAAAGCUCAUUCGUUGCUGAGAUAUGGUACCUCGGUACACUUUAAACAUCCUAUAGAUAAAAAUUAUUAUAAAUACACAUAUUUUUGCAAUGACUGACUUUAAAUUAUAUUGUAUAAUGUUUUUCUAAUAAAUAAUUUCUUGUGACUUAAAUACUUUAAGAAUACAUAAGUUUUUCUGCAGUAUUACAUUUUUUUUUUGUUUUAAUAAUUUAUUUAUUGUGUUUUUAAGGCUGAUUAUUUUGAAUAAAUCCAUAAAUAGGAUUAAAUGUGUAAGUUAUAUGUAUAAAUGUUGUAAAUUUGUAUCAAUAGGACUAACUGUUUCUUAUAAAAGAAAUACAUUAUUUUUAGUA